CAGGAAAAGUAUAUUACAUAUUACACUUUGUAAAGGCUGACUUACAUACGAGAUAAACAAAUGGCAUAUAGAUUACAUGAAGUUAAUGAAGACUUCAUAAAGGAUAAACUUGAUAAACAAAAGCUGUCAUCAAAGUUUCCGAAAAUAUUCAAAACGAAUGUGGACAUCACGAAAAUCACCAAUUGGCCUGCAAUUAAGAAAUGGAUCCAACAUAGAAUUGACCAACUAAUUCCUGAUGAUGAGAUAUUUGUUGAGUAUGUGUAUGAAUUGAUACGGUCGGAUUCUCCAUGUCCUGAUAUCAAGGCUAUACAGUUGCAAGUUGACGAUUUCUUGGGUAAAGAGGAUUCUCUUGAGUUUUGCACUCAGUUAUGGCAGUUGCUAAUAGAUAGUGAACAUGGGAAAUUGAAAGAUAACAAACAAGUGAAGGAACAGCCAGUGAAGGAACAGCCAGUGAAGGAACAGCCAGUGAAGGAACAGUCAACGAAGGAACAGCUGGACAGGAAAGAAGAGAAACAGGUACAGGAACAACAUGAAGCCAAAAUACAAUCUCCCAAGAAAACAAAAACAAACUAUAAUAGAAGCAGUUCAUACACCUCCAAAAGCAACGAAUCAACAAACAAGACAUCAUACAGAAGCCAAAAUGACCGAGACUAUAGACGAGAUCGCGACCUACCAACAUACAAAGCCAAUACCCACGGACAACGACAACGAGAAUCGCCUGACGAAAGGUAUAGAGACGAAAGAAGAAUACGAGCAAGAAAGGGAAAUUAAUAGAGUAUAUAUAUACAAUUCGUAUAUCGUAACCAUUCAUUC